UAACUCAGCUCGGCCAGAGUGAGAAACGUCCGUUUUUGCCGGUGCAAAUACACUCCGAACUUUUUUUAAAAUUUGAUUACUUUUAAUAAAGCUUCAAGCAGAUUCUCCUUUUUGUUACUCUGUCCACGUUUAAUUUCAGGUUUAAGAUCCCAAGCGUUUACGCUUGAUACGCAGUUCAGGCUGAAUUAAGCGAAAUGUUGAGUAUGAAUGUAAGAUGCGGACGAGUGUGUAAAUUGGAUCUUUAAUUCUCACAAACUAUUUUCGGAUCAUGGGGAAGCAGUCACGCAAAUAUACCAAGGGGAAAGGGAAACGAUGGAGGAAAGGGGAAAGCGGCAGCAGUAAUCCCGAAGCAAGAACACAUCGUUCCACUGCAAAGAACUCAUUUUUCCAGUUCAAACUGGAGCAAGAGAAAGACACUAGAAGGGGAAUUCUGGCAAAUUCUUCAACAUGGGAUGACGAACGUAUGGACACGGGUGACGCCAAAAGCACUGCUACGGGCUUCAGUGCCGAUACGUUCAAGAGCAACAUCAGUGCAUGGACGCAGUGCUCCAUCAGCUCUUUUAACAGGCUGCAAAGUAUCUGGUCCUCUAAUUCCGUUCUCCAUCGGGAAAUGCUGGCCCUACUGGCGGCAGUGACGGAAAUCAUCAGGGAGCGCAAGGGAAAGGAAACCGAGACGGAGUACUUCGCGGCGCUCAUGACAGCGCUGGAUUCAGUGGAAUCCGCCGAAUCGCGCACGGCCGUGCUGUCUCUGCUGAGCUUGUUAAUCAAGCGGGUUCCGGUCAGUGUGCUGAGGAAACAGUGCUCACAGAUUAUUAAACCCCUCCUAAAAAUACUGGAGGACAAUAUUUCUGCGGAUAAUAAUGCGCUGUUGAGAUCGGUCCUCAAGUGCAUUACCAUUGUCCUUAAAGUGCAGGAAUUAUCGGUUUGGAGAGAAGCUUCAACGGAAAAAUAUUACCGAGCUAUUUUGCUGCUGCUUAAACAUCACAAGCCGAAAGUACGAAAACAGUGUCAGAGCAGUAUCUGCUCCAUUCUGAAAGGCAGCGAUAUUAUGACGGGCCCCAGUUCAGUUCCGGUGCAUCCCAUGGCUGUUUUGACUGCCCAGCACUGCGUAAAUAUGAUUGAAGUUGCUCGAGCGGAUAACGAUGCGUCUGUGACACUCCACGUUCUCGGCCUUUUAAAAGACAUCCUCAUUGAUUUUCCGAAAGCUGUUAUCAAGCAAGCUGUGGAAGCAGUUUUCAAAUGUAUUCUUUUGGCGAACCCCUUAAUUACGUCCGUAGGUUUCAAAGCCUUAAAUGGCCUUUUCACCUCACAUCCUUCACCGGAAAAGUUGGACCUCGAAGUUAACACACAGAUUAUUCAUGCUCUUUAUGACUUUCAACCGGCAUCAGACGAUUCUCAGCUGCUACUACCAUGGUUGGAAACUGCGAAAAACGCCCAUAUUUCGCUUUGCACACUUGGCUUGGAUGCUGCAUUGCAUCUUCCAAGAUUUUCGGUUGUAUGCAUGAAAUAUCUUCAGUCUGAGAAACCUGAAGUUCGGUUGGCCUCCGUCCAGGUUCUGAAAGAAAUUAUUACGGUUUGUCUGGAACCCUAUUCUGCCAACGCUUCUGCAUAUGAAAAGUAUCUGCCCCAAAUACAGCGAUUUUUUCUAAACCUUGAAGAAGGUCUGACUUAUCAGUAUCAUGCUGUAUGGAACCUGGUCCUGCAAUGUCUGGCCGCUUUUUAUGAUGUAAUGGGUCAUCACGGAAGCAACUACAUGACUAAGUCAUUGGAAAAGUUAGCCGAUCUCCAUGACACCCUUCAUUUUCCCUUCAAAUCUGAUUUGGAUUACGCCUUUGGGCGCGCUGUUCGUAAAAUCGGUCCUGCAAAAAUUAUUCGUGCCGUCUCCCUGAAGUUGGACGUAACUCAGACACCCAUGGACUUAUCUCGCAGUUGGAUUAUACCAAUUUUACGAGAUAAUGUUCAAGAUACUGAAUUGGAAUAUUUUUCAGCAUUUUUUCUUCCGUUAGCGUCACAACUUCGCUCAAAAAGUGCACUUUUAUCGGCUGCUGGAGAAACUGCAGAAGCCAAGAGCUGCGAUAUCUUACAGGAACAAAUAUGGUCGUUGCUACCCGGAUUUUGUACCCGCCCCAAGGAUAUUGUAAAGAAUCUCAAGUCAGUGGCAAAGAUUUUGGGUCAAGCACUGGAUGAACGUCCAGAUUUACGGCUUAUCGUGAUGGCUGCGCUGAGAAAUCUCGUCACCAAACAUCGUCAAAACGAAAUGGAUCGCAAGGAAGUGGCUAAAUAUGCGAAAAACUAUAUCCCUCGUUUGUUUCAAAUAUACACGUUGGAAGCAACCGAGACACCUCAUCGUUUGGCAGCGCUGGAAACCAUUAAAACCUAUCUUGGCAUGGCACCGCCUGAGUUAAUUACGGAAUUAUUGGAUAAGGUACUGGAAAAACUUGGAGAAGCAGACUCCUCGACAUUUUUACAGCAGGCAUGCGUCGACUUGGUGGCUGUAUUACUGCCAUACGCUCCACAUUACCGUCUGGAAGCCGUAUUGAAUUUCUGCCGGAAAGCUUGGUCUAGUGCCGACCACACACUGCAGAAAAAAGGGUAUCGCUGUUUGGAACAGUUGUUAACAGUGGAAAAGGAGCAUCUUGGGUUAUUUGUGACCGAUCACAUGGAUACGAUCAAGAAAGAUCUUCUUGCAACGGGGAAAUUGGUUAGAUCACCGGGAAAAGCAUCACGAAUGAAGUGCUUGAUGGAACUUGUGAAACGCGUAGGCGUCCAGGAUUCUGGUUUUAUUAGAGAAAUUUUCCCAGAGGUUGUACUGGGCGUUAGAGAAGUUUCAGAAAAAUCUCGCCGAGCGGCUUUUGAGGUUGUCAAAGAAAUCGGUUUGACAAUAUUGAAAGACCAGUCAAAGACGGAAGCGGAGAAUAUUGCAGUGUUCUUUGAAUUGCUGCUUAGUGGAUUUGCGGGGACACCGGAAGGUAUUUCGGCUUCCCUGUUGGCGCUGAGUCAUGCGGUCCAUGAAUUUAAAGAGAAAAUUCGAAAGAAUCUAAUAAAGAUGUUGAUGGCGAACUCCACGAUUCUUUUGGGGUCAACUAUUCGAGAAGUCGUGCAGACUGUCAUUGGUUUUGUGAAAACCAUGAUAUCGGUAUUUGACGAUGUGGAAAUCGGUCCCCAUGUAGCCAAACUGAUCCAAGCAGUAUCAUCGAUGAAUGAUAAUCUGCGGCGUCAUGUGCGCAUCAAGAUUAAGGAUUUGUUUGCUAGCUUGAUUAGGAAGUUUGGCUACUCAAUGAUUAUAGAACUGGUGCCUGAAGACGACCAGAAAUUACUCAGUAACGUCAGAAAAUCUGAAGACCGCAAAAAGAGAAAGAAACUGGAGAAGCGCGAAAUCAAAGAUGACAGGAAGAGCACGACCGGUAGUAUUAGUGCACGGUCACGUGCAGAAACUGUCGGCGAUAUUUUAGAUGAACUGGCCAGCUCCGACGACGAGGAGCCGGAAUCUGAAAAUGUUAAAAAAAGGAAGAAAUCUGCUGUUUUCAUUGCGGAAGAUGCCGAAGACGACAUUGUGGACUUCACCGAUAGGAAGGCCGCACAGAAGAUAACAUCUUCCAAGUCAUCUAAGAAGUCCAAGCGAAAGGAAGAGGAACUGCAGUUUUCUGCCGAUGGAAAAAUCAUUAUUCCUGAUGACAAUGCUGAGGAUAAUAUAAAUGAUGCGAUGUCGUUGUCAUCCAAACUGAGUGGCUUGUCUGUCUCAAAGAAAGGAAAGGACAUUACUGGUGCUGAUGGAGCAGAUUCAGAAGACGAAUUCAAGUACAAAGCUGGUGGCACUGGAAUUCAUCGCUCGCUUAAAAAAGGGCCUCAAAAGAAAGUUCACAGUGGAGCCGAAUAUCGUGCCAAGAAAGCUGGUGGCGAUAUGAAACUGAAAGGACGACCGGAUCCUUUUGCAUACAUUCCUUUGAACUUGAAGGAUACUAACAGGAGAAAGAGAGCCAAAAUUAGCGGUCAGUUUAAAGGUAUUGUAAAAGGCGCAAGGAAAGGUGCAACAAAAGGAUCGAAGCUCAGAAAUCGAAAUAAGGGACUGCAUCCUCAGUAAUUUGGAUUGCUUCAGCAUACGCAUGUGAUAAGAGCUCUCCAUCCGUUUGUGGUGUGAAUUUCUGCUGUAAUAUGCAUGUGGCUUCCGUGGAAAACUGUCAGUGGAAGGUUUGCUUUGCAAUAUUUUGUUAUAAAGCCGCUUCAAUGUAGAUUACUUACAGACUUUUUAGAUAGUGUAGGGCUUAGAUAGUCUGGUUUUUCUUAAUAAAAUGUGGUUUUGG